AUGGGCUGUGCCGGGACGGAUGCGACCACAAUCCUGCGAGCUUCGCUGAUGGAAGCCACAACAUGUGAUGCUCCAUGCAACGGCUGGGCAAAGGAAGCCACGGAUGCCUAUACUGCUUGCCUAGCCUUGCGCAGCCUGCAGCGGCAAUCGGCAUGGCAGGAGGCAAUGUCGCUUUUUACAGCGAUUGAUCGGCGGUCCGUGGAGAUAAAUGAGUAUGUCUGCACUGCAGCCGUUACAUCUUGUGGGAAAGGGCUUCAGUGGGCCUUGGCCGAGCAGAUCCUUACCUCACUGCCUCAACGACGCCUCGUUCCAGACUGCGUUCUCCACAGCGCUGCCAUGGCUGCUGGGGCUCCGUGGCCUAGGGCUGCGAGGCUGCUGCAGGCGACACAGACCGCACAGGUGCAGAAUGACGUGGUGACUUGGAGUGCGGCAAUCGCUUCUGCUGAGAAGGGGAGCUGGACGACGUCUUUGCGGUAUCUCUCCGCCAUGGAGGCCAAGGGGGUGCAACCGAACGUGGUGAGUUUCGGUGCCUGCAUUAGCGCACUCCGAGAGGAGAUGGGAGUGUGGCAGCAGGCUAUCUCCUUGUUGGAGGCAACGCCAGCAGUCAACGAGAUUUCAGUGAAUGCUGCCAUUGCUGCAUGCGCCCGUUCCGGGGAGUGGGUGGCUGCACUUUGCUUGCUCAACUCUUUGAGCGACUGCUUUCUCCGUGCCGACGCAGUGAGCUUCAGCUCUGCCGUCAGUGCCUGCGAGAACUGCAGCCGCUGGCAGGAAGCCCUGGCGGUAUUGAAGAGGAUGCAGUCGCUCCGAUACCACGAAGACGCCUUCACCUACGGGGCGGCAAUGAGCGCCUGCGAAAAGGCCGGCAAGUGGGAGGAGGCCCUGUUCCUGAUUGCGGCCAUGCGCCUUCAUCGUUUGGAAGUCGACACUGUUUGUGCGGGUGCGGCACUUAGUGCCUGCGAGAAGGGUCAGCAGCGUUCAGCGGCCCUGCGCCUUUUCCGAUCCUUGCGAAUGAGCGGGUGCCAGCUUGAUGCGAUUGCUUUCCAUGCCACAAUCAGCGCCUGUGAAAAGGCUGCUGACUGGCUCUGGGCCCUGGAGCUUCUCUCCGAGCGAGACAGGUGCAAUCUGCGUGAAGAGACGCGCAGAGAUGCCCAGAGGCGCGGCCCAGUUGGCCUCAGUGCGGCGGUGAGUGCGUGUGAGAAGUCGCGGGAAUGGCGCGCUGCCUUGCGGCUUCUAGCAUCAGCGGAGUACCGCAAAGCGGACUUGGACAGCAUCGCAUGCAACGCUGCCAUCAGCGCUUGUGAGAAGAGUGUGGAGUGGAGGUGGGCUGUGUCUCUCCUUGGGGCCAUGCAUGUCUCCAGCAUCAGACGAGAUGAAGUUAGCUACAAUGCAGCCAUCAGUGCGUGCGAGACCUGCUCCCAACCUGCCAGCCCUGUGCGAGAACUCCUCGCACUGGCGCUGCGCUUUGGCUCUCGGUCCUGGGACCCAGGAAGGUUUGGGUGCCCUCCUGGCAGCGUGCGAGAAAGCAUAUGA